GAUACUUUCUUACGACAGCCGGCUGUUGAAAAAAUCUAGAAUUUAAUAACUAAACAAGAAUGUUGCAACAAAGUGAUGAUUGCAAGGAUGAUGACUUUCCGGCGAAUACGCUGGAGCACUUUGCCGAAUUGGAGCAGGUGCUGCAGAUGAUUGACACCAUGAAGCCCAUAGAGGCAGCCUCGUUUGAGCGUGAAUUUGAGCAAUAUACGGAAGUAUUGACUCGCUACCAGGAGCAGCCACAUCUGCUCGAUCCACAUCUGGAGCUGAUGCUGUCACGUCUAUUGCACAAAAUACGCCAGACUGAUUUACCGGCGGGGGACCGGGAUGCGGCCUUCAAGUAUUUGUAUAUUAUCUCCAAGGUGCGCACCUAUAAAGUUCUCAUCAAGUUCAUGCCACACGAGCUGACCGAUUUGGAGUUUGUGCUGCAACUGCUGGGUCAGCAGGAUCCGAAGGAGUUCAGCAAUUGGGAGACCCGCUAUAUGCUGCUCCUCUGGAUGUCCAUAUUGGUGAUGAAUCCCUUUCAUAUGUCCCGCCUGGAUGCCUACGAGACAAGAACAACAGCAGCUGCAGGUGCAACUCCGACUCGCAACAACUGUGUGGAACUGAACAAUCAUUCGACCAGCUUGCCGCCGGCGAUAACCAAAAUGGAACGCAUCUUCGAGCUGUGCAAGCUGUAUGCCUCCACGAAUGACACUUGCAGCAACAUGGCUGCCUAUUUAUCAGCCAAGUAUUUUGUGCGCAGCGACAUUAAGGAUCUCUAUUUGGAGCCAUUCCUCGACUGGGUCAUUGCACAGCAUCAGGCAGACACUCAGCAGGUCAAGUUCGGACAGCUGGCUGCCGUUGCCGCCAUUCUCAAGCACGGCAAGCGUGAGGAUCUGCUGCCGUAUGCCGAUAAGCUGCUGCAGUGGAUCGUCGCCUGUCCUUACAAGGAUGUCAACGAUUUUCUCAAGUACAAGUAUUACGUAAAGAUUGUACAGCGACUGGGUCUUGUGCAUCUGAAGCCACGCAUCGCCAGCUGGCGCUACAAGCGUGGCACCCGUUCGUUGGCCACUAAUUUGGGUGGGCAAACCAGCGCUGCUGGGGAUUCCAGAGCGGGCAAUGCGGAUGCAGAAGAUGGCGACGGAUCUGGCGGCGAGGAGAUAAUUGUGCCCGAUGCCAUUGAGGAGGUGAUUGAGGAGCUGCUGCAAGCGUUGCGCAGCGGCAGCAACGAUGUACGCUGGAGUGCCGCCAAGGGAUUGGGCCGUGUGACCAAUCGGCUGCCCAAGGCGCUGGCCGAUGAGGUGAUUUUCUCGCUCAUCAGUAUACUUAGACCGUUGGAGCCGCACGAGGCGUGGCACGGCGGCUGCCUGGCCAUCGCUGAGCUGGCGAAGCGGGGACUCCUAUUGCCCUACCGGCUGCACAAGCUGGUGCCGAGGCUGAUGGAAGCGCUGUUCUACGAUGAGAUGAAGGGCUACAUGUCCGUCGGCCAGCACAUUCGAGAUGCCGCCUGCUACAUGUGUUGGGCCUUUGCCCGUGCCUACAACCCCGACGAUCUGCAGCCUUUUGUGCAGCAAAUCUCCUCGGGUUUGCUGACGGUUGCCGUCUUUGAUCGCGAGGUGAAUUGUCGACGGGCUGCAUCCGCUGCCUUCCAGGAGAGCGUCGGUCGCUUGGGCAAUUUUCCCUUCGGCAUUGAGAUCUCGACCACGACGGACUUUUAUUCGGUGGGCAUACGCCACAAUUCCUACUUGAAUAUCAGUGAUUUUAUUGCCCAGUUCGAUGCAUAUCGCCUGCCGCUCAUCGAUCAUCUGGUGCAGCGCAAAGUGGGCCACUGGGACUCGGCGAUACGUGAACUCACCGCCAAGGCGCUUCACAAGCUCACCUUUCGUACCCAUUACAAGUAUAUGGACCGUGAUGUGAUGCCUCAGCUCCUGGCUAAAACCAACUCAAUCGAUGUGAACGCGCGUCAUGGGUCUGUGCUGGCAUUGGGUGAGAUUACGCUUGCAUUGCGUCGAUAUGAACUGGAAGGUCCACUUCCACACCCACACACAGUGGCCUUUCUAUCCGAUCAGCGUAAGGUGGAGCUGAAUGAUCUAAUACAGACGUUCCUGGAGCGCGGUUUCUAUCGCGGCAUGAGCGGUGAACUGAUGAAACUCUGCACGACCAGCUUCAUACGCAACUGCAGCGUCGCCGAACUGACAGUCAAUGCACAGUGCUUGGCCAGCUGGCAGCAGGUCAUCGACAUUUGUCUGGUGACCAAGUCCAGCAAUAUACGCGAAUCAGCAGUGGAUGCAUUUGCGGAACUCAGCGGCGCCUAUUAUUGCGAGAAGUCGCGUAACGCUGACAACGAGCUCAUCGUGAAGGCCUAUCUCCGGGGUGCCGACAACGCUAUAGAGGAGCACAUACGCAUGGGUUAUUUGGCUGCAUUGGGCGCGCUGCCCGCCUUCCUGAUGCGUGCACAUUUCAAUGAAAUCCUCGACAAUCUGGUGAAACAUGCGCUGAUCCCGCAGGUUGCCUACGACGAUCACGAGAAUAUCCAGACCCACAGAUGGAGCGAGGCACGCGCCCAAAGCGUACGUGCCCUCAGCAAGAUGGUGAAAUCCGUGGGCUACGAUGGGGAAAAACAUUCAUUUGACAAUGAAGCGCACUUCAGAAAGGUGGUGGAUUGCCUGCUACUGGCACUGGAUGAGUACACGCUGGACAAUCGUGGCGACAUCGGUGCCUGGGUGCGUGAGGCUGCCAUGAAUGCGCUCUUCGAGCUAAUCACCGAGUGUCCCAACUAUAUGCAUGGCCCUUUCAAUGUCCCUAGGAUUGUGUUGGGUUUUAUGCAGCAAGCAGUGGAGAAGAUUGAUCGUACACGCGGCUUAGCUGGUCGUCUCUUGUGUCGCCUGAUCCAUGCCCAGCCUGCCAUACAAUUUAUACCUGCGUAUGACAGACUCCUGGAGAUUUUUCCCAGCGAUGAUAAGACCGUGCUGUGGCUCUUUGCCGAUCACACAUUCCCUCUAUUCUGCGAGCUGCUCGCCCAUCCCAUUUUUUCCAGGCGUGUACUGCUGGGAUUAACGGCCAGCAUUGGCCAACUAACUGAAUCUCUGACCAAACAUGCUUCAACUGCACUAUUCCAAUUUUUGCGUACCCAUCUGGAGGAGGUGCCACGUCUCUGUGCUGAGAUUGUGCAGAACUUUGAGACUCAUCUUUUGAACGAGCGUGUGACGUAUCCAAUGCUCAGUUUCCUGGAGAUCCUCAUUGGCUCGGGCACAAUUGAAGCAGUGCUGCACGAUGCGGACAAUCCCUUUGCCGAGGACGUUUAUCGUCUGCUCAAUCUGGAGGUGAAGGGCUAUAAGAAACUGUACAAGACGGCAACCAGUAUUAGUACCUUCUGUCAGCUUGUGCAGGUGCCGCGUCUCAGCAAACGCAUCCUCUCAAAAUUGUCCGUAUUCCUGGGAUUGCAGCAUGUCCAUGUGCGUAAGACGGCUGCCACUAAAUUGUAUGAAGCUCUAGCAUUGCACGGCGAUGUCACCGAUAUACCCGAGGAGAAUAUAGAUGACAUCCUGGCCCUGCUGUCCGAAACUGACUGGACAUUGCCACUGGUCGAAAUUCGUCCGGUGCGCAAUAAACUGUGCCAUCUGAUGGGCAUCAAGCCGCCAGUUAGUGGCAAGCAAAUAGCUGCUGCCACAGCAGAAACAUAGAAAUACAGUUUAACUUUUAUACUCCCAUUUAACUGUUAACACACAAAAAAAGGAAAAUAUAAAUAUUUAUUUAUUAACUUA